AUGUUCUUAAAUGAAUAUAUAUUUUUAUCAGUAUAAGGUAUCUCAUGAAAUAUUAUAGAGAUUUCAGCGGUGAUGAACUUUGCAGAUUGAUCAUUUAUUCAUCCAUGCGAUAUACUACUCUGGAAGUACCUAGUGGGUUCCCGGACACGAAGGCGUACAAGCAUGAACAGGCUGACCACUGGCCUAAAAGGGGCGACCCUCUUACCCAUGGGACCAGAACCACAACUAGGUGCACGGACUGUGUGCUUAAGUUGGAACCAGAAAAAUGAAAUGAGAAAUAAGAGCUCAAACACUCCAGGUAUGAGGCAGGAUUUGAGAAUUAUAGGCCCCUAUACCAUCCACUACCAUCUGAAGAAGAAGGGCAAAACUGAGACGGAAACACGCUGGCUCUGGCAGGACGACCCAGAGACAUCGGCACAUAUCCUUUGCGAGUGUAAAGCAUUAAACCGUUUACGGUACAGCCACUUAGGGAGGACGUUUCUCAUAUCCAAGGAGAUCCACAAAGCACCAAGGAAAGGGCUCAGUUGUAUAAGAGCGCACUUUUCAAGGUAUGGCUACAAGCUAUAGGGGUUCCAAAAUAGAUCUGUUUAAAUCUCAUUGGAGGAAAAAAUUAUAUUCUGCAUCAACCCCCUCCCCCCCCCCAAAAAAAAAAACUCCAUAUUCGUGUCAACAAUCCAUUUAUGCGGUGUUUGUACAACAGAAUAACGCGCCAUGGCAUACAUUCGAGAGUCCUUCUUACCAGUUCUUUCAGACGGGUUCAAACCGAAUGUGGUUUUAACAACUGAACGCAGUUCAGUAUAGAAAUAAAUGUGCUGGUUUUCAACUUAAUCAACAUUUACCUGUAAGCAAAUGGAUAAAAUAUUCUAUAACAAAAAAAAUUAAUAAAUGUGGAAUUUAUAAAAUUGUACGUUGGCUUACGG